AUGGCGACAAAUAUCAACCGCCUGUGCUUCCUCUCAAGAAGCAAUUCUACGGCUCCUUUCCUAUAUCACACUCGAACACUUACGCUUACCUCGUCCGCGGCCGGAAAACAAUUCAAUCGUCACUUCCCGCGCUCUUUUUCUACCCAGGUCAACACCGAGGCCAAUGAUGCAACGGAGAACAAACCACUAGCGGAGGAUAACACAAGUCAGAAUACUUCUGAAGAGUCUACUACCUCCAGCUCGACGAUAGAGGCAGCUCCGAAGCCUCGGCGAAGCUAUCUACAGAAAAAAGCCGCAUCCGUCUCCGCAAGGCCUAGCCUCAGACCAUCUGUGGUCAAGAAGACAACCAAAAUAGCACCGAAGAUCACAAGCCAGGAGAAAUUGGUAUUUGGGGGGCUUUUGGAGCAGCUUGGACUCAAACAUGAUGGGGAAACUACUGAGGCAAACUCGUUGAAACCACUGAGCGAGGAGAAGAAGGCCGAACUGGCCGAGCUAGCGUCGGUGUUUGAUAAUCUGCUAAAGGACCCAAGGCAAAAGAAGGCGGCCAUGAAAGCUAAGAAGCAAGCAAAGGAUGAAUAUUCUUAUCGGAGAUCAGAGAAGUCAGAAACGGAAGAGGUGCCAGCGGAGAACCAAGGUCCAAAGCGAAUCUAUCUCCGUGAUCUGGGCUACACCGAGCCUGCCACAGCCAGCGCUGCCGAGGUAACCGUCAGCUUGCGGAGGGCGAUUGAGAUCGUCGUCAAAGCGGAAUCAGAUCACAUCGAAUUUGCACUUUUCCAGGCCGUGGAGGAUGGCAGGGGCGACAUGGGUGUGUGGGAGGUAUGCAAAGAGCGCAUUUUCUCUAUGCUGCGCCACCUGGACGAGAAAGCUCUCGUCGAGGCCUCAGACCCAGAAAGUCUGAGCACAGCAGACCAGCUCGAACCAUCCACUCAGCCAUCAGGACCCCUCCGAGUUCCAGCUGUCGUCCCAGUCUCCCCCGUCGUGGUAGCUCUAUACCCGAAGACCCUUCUGAUUGCCUUCCGCCUGCUGAACACCCACUUCCGCGACUCCCCGCUGAUCUCCCAGUUCCGCUCAACAAUCAAAGAGUACGGCCGUGUUUCUACUUUCCUUGGUGCUUCAUCUGGCCUGUACGAUGAAUUGAUACACUACCACUGGCGAGUGUGCAAGGACCUUCCCACGGUGGUAUCAAUCCUGCGCGAGAUGAACCAGCUGGGGAUCAACCCGAGUAACAAAUCCCGCGGCAUGCUGACCGGACUUAUUAUCCGCCAUGCUCGGGACCUGGAGGCUCAUCGGAAAUCCCCGAGCGAGAAGGAUUUCUUCUGGGAUUUGCCGUCUAACAAGCAGGCAUUCGAUGAGCUUACCCGUAAGGAUGGGUGGAUGGAUCAGAUCGAGGCGCAUGCAGAGGAAGAGGCGAGGCAGCGUCAGGCUACUCGAAACUUCCACCGCUAA